AUGGAAACGAAGAAGCGACCGAUCAACAACCCUCUAGUGUUUUCGUCGAUAGUUUUAUCUUUUGCUGCCUGCUUCGUGGCAUUGAUUCACGUCGAGAUCGAGCUUCACGCUCAUCGAAAAAUUCUUCAAGUCUUGACUCAACAGAGAGAAGAAAGUAUCCACUCACGAGGCAAUGUGAACGAUAAAUCGAUUGCCUCCGCGCUGUGUAGUGAGACUGGUAAAGGUGAGUGCUUUGGUUUACUGGUUCGAUUCUCGUAGGCUUAGAAAUCGAACUGUUGCUUCAUAAUGGACCUUUUUGUCAGAACUUUAAGCAUUCCGCAAUAACGCCCUCAAUAGUUAGAUUCCGAAACUAAGCUGUUAUUUUUUUGACUCUAAAAAGAACUAAUUUUUUUAAUUGUAAAUAAUACUGAUCAGAACCGACAUUCUGGCGUUUCGCUUUCAGCUAGUUUGGUACAUGCAGGUCGAGAAGAUUUCCCUUUCUCUUCUGAAGGGCUGAAACCUAACGCCGUGACAAAGCGUAUGAUAUGGCGAUUCAAUUUCAGUAUUUGCUGAUUAGAAUGUUCUUUUCUUUUCUUUUUAGUCCAUGAAAAUAUAUGGCAUGCAGUCCAAAAUAGAUAAAGUUUGUCUUGAACCAGUGUUGUAAGCCAUUAUGUUACUGCAAAAUUUAGUUUGUUACAAGGGGGUAAUUGAGCCGACCAAAACAUUUUUUCACUGGGAGAUCAUAAGAGUGACAUAAAUUAUCCCUCAGUUGCAGAAAUACAAAUUCGUCACAAACGCAACGCCAAAAAUGUAAACAAGAAAUCAAACGUCAGUGAGAUCAUUAGUAGAGAGGACAUAAAAAGGGAAGUUAAACUGGCGAUGAGUAACCUGGCCUGCAUGGCGCAUUGCCCAAAGGGAGUCAGGGGAAGACGAGGAAGGCCAGGUCCCCCAGGCAAACAUGGUCCAGCUGGGCCCCAGGGACCACGUGGACCGAGAGGUCCUCAAGGAGAUCAGGGGCCUCCUGGACUUAGAGGCAAUCAAGGCCCUCAAGGACCCAAGGGCGAUCCUGGUCAAUCCAUCUCUGCUCCUUGGUUUGUGUCACCUCCGAUGUCCAUGGUAGUAAACGAAACUGGUAUAGCCUCGUUGCAGUGCGAGGUUAAAGGAAAUCCAGUGCCCCAGGUCACGUGGCUGAAAGAAAAUUCCAGUCUUCCCGCCGACAAACGAACCGUGCAAUCACGUGGUGGCCUUAUGAUAAGAGAUGUGACGUCACAAGAUGGAGGAGUGUACACGUGUAGGGGAAAAAAUAUUCUUGGAAUCGUGUCCUCAUCAGCCACAUUGACUGUUCAAGGUAAUUUCUUAUUAAUUUUUCAUUGAAGCUUUAAUUCACCGUCAUUUUCUCUUGCUGUCAUGAUCAUACAUCUAAACAAGGUGAAUUCUGUUACAUUGCUAACAAAGGCACAUAUUCGAAGCUAGCUUCCGAAGAACUUAAAAGUUCUAUGAUAUACACGUGCACUUGGAGUUGUUUACACGCGCGAAUCUUGUACCCGAUACCACCAACGGUUAAGAAACGGAGUAGGAUUAUCACACGACAAAAUUGAGCCAUGGGAACAAUGCGAAAAAAAAAAAACUGUAUGGCCUAUCAAUAUUUCCGUAGUCGACUUCUUCCUUUUGUAAUUAAGAUAUAUUUCUUUUUAAGCAUUAAUUCGCCCAUAAAUUUGUCCUUGGACAUUGGCAGCGGUGUUAGGUUUGCAGUUUACAGUGGCGGAUCCAGGGGAGCUCCCCUCCUUAGUUUUAGACCAAACUGAAGAAUUUUUUGAGACCGCCACCCCCCCCCCCCCUCUUCCCCGGGCUUGUUUUACCCCCCCCCCCCCCCCCCUUUCUUAAGGGUUGGUUCCCCCCCCGGUUUAUCUCGAAAACUUCCUUUUUUCCAGAUGUUGUAGCUGUGUGCGGGCUUAUUCCCUCUUUUUUUCUUAAAACCUAGAGCCAGUGUUUGGGGGGGGUGUGGAGGGAACUCCAAUUUAAGCAUUAAUUCCCCUCAAAUUCUGCCCUUGGACAUUGGCGGCGGGUGUGGGUUUUGAGUUUAAGGUGGCGGAUCCGGGGGGGCUCCCCCCCUUGUUUUUAGACCAAACUAAAGAAUUUUUUGGACCCCCCCCCCCCCCCCCCCUUAUCUCAGGGUCUGUAUGACCACCCCCUUCACCCCCUUAUCUGAAGGUCUGGAUCCGCCACUGGUUUACUCAGAAAUCUCUCUUCUUGACAGAUGAUAGUACGUGUUGCAGGUCUAAGCCCUAGUUUUCACUAGAAACCUAGUCAGAGUUGUGGUCGGCCGGUGGUAAGAUACCUCAAUAUGAUAACCUAGAGGUCAAUCAAACAUUGGAGUCGUCAGUGGCGUCAAAGAGACAUUUAGAUACUAACUAAAGACAAGUACGACUAUACGAGUUCAAGAUUUUCCCAAUACUAAUUAGUGCUCGAGCGAAAAACAACGUCAUUUUCGUGGAAAAACGUGAUAGCCGUCAUCAUUCUAGUACGUGUUCUAGCGAGAAUGUCGUAGUGAAGGAAACAAGAAUUCAGUUGUUAGAAGUUUGGUCAUUAUGCAACCGGGAGAGGUCUUAACCUCCUUCAAUAAAGAUAACAGAACCAACUUUUUAGCGCAAAAAAGUACCACGAAGCUUUCCGGGAUGUCUAUUUUUGAAAAUACGCGAAACCACUUUUAGUCAAAUCUCGUAUUCGAAGUCGUUCUCGUCCGAUCCACGAAUCUUAAGGUCUCUAUUAAAAGCUCAACGGAAUGGCAAUCUCAAGAUUCAGGAUGUUACCAUGAUUUUCUUCUCUCUCCUCGCACUUAUUAUGACUCCGUCCAACAUCGUUCCCAGGGUUCUCUUCUUCCCGUCCUUAAUUAGAAGCGAGAGGAGAGGAGAGGAUUUUGUACAUUGUUUUUGGCGUUCGAGAUUUUGUCUUGACUUUUCCGUUAUAAAAAACAUGACCUUUUAAAACAAGGUCAGGUACACAGUUUCAUUGCGACACUUUCCACUGACCUGGCUACGUUGAGUAGAGACAAAUCUCGCACUUAUCUGCUCCUCCCCCAAAUCGUUUAUUUGUAUAUCUCCCGAUUCUGGACCAGACCCAACCAGGGACUCUCUCUCACACAAACCCCGAAAGGGGCGGUUAGGAGAGAAGCCUGGGAAAGAGAUUGGACUCUGUCGAGUUACGAGCUUCUGAAAAUGAGUCCCAGCAGGAAAAAAAAAAAAAAAAGAAACCAAUUCCCAAUGUUACAACAACACGAUCUUAAUUUGUUGGGGUUAAAAGGCAUACACUGGCAUACUGUAUUUUUCAUUGUGGUCCUUCUCGUUUCCACGCUUUUAGUUGGUCUAGUUCUUCAUCUUCCGCUGACGAAGUCGACAGAGUUGCAAGCGAAAUCGGGGUGCUCUUUUUAUAUCAUCAGAUUUCACUUUUGACUACAAAUCUAACUUCGACUUUGUUACCAAUGCAAUCCAGCUCUGAAAGCCAAUAACUAUAGGGGAGGGGUGCGGUUGCUUUACACUGGCUACACUAAACGGAACGGAAAAAGUCGCUCAUGAAUUUGAAAGUGAUCGAAAAUGUGCUAGGUUAACUUAGAGGAAAUUCUUCGUGAGUGCAUUAAAGUUUGUUGGUGUGCAAUUUUUUUUGUCUCUGUUUUUUUUUUUCAGUUUCGGUCUUGAUCCGACAAAAGCCCUCCUCAGUUAUUAUUGAAGAAGGAGAAAACGUGAAUCUGAUAUGCAAAGCUACCGGUCUGCCGGUGCCAACAGUAUCGUGGCGAAAAGCUUUUGUUGGCCACUUGCUAAGAGGAAAGACUACAGUGAUCGAUGGGAACAUGACCAUAUUUAGUGUAACUAAAGAAGAUAUGGGGGCUUACUUAUGCUCUGCAAGGAAUCUCCUUGGAGAGGACUCCGCUAUCGCCGUAGUAACAGUGAUUGAAAGGCUCAAAUUUACCAUCACACCUCCCAAAAAGGCUGUCGCAUUAGAGUCUAACAGCCUGAUACUAAAUUGCAAAGCCCAGGGCUCCACAGAAAUUACCUGGAAAAGGGCCAACAAAAAUCUUCCACAAAACCACGUUACUUUUCCAAACGGUACUUUUUUCCUUACAAAGGUGACCACAAAUGAUGCUGGAUCGUAUACAUGUGUAGCAAAAAAUUAUCAACGAACAAUUAAGGCAUCGUGUGCUGUUGAAGUGCACAAAGCCGUGUCCUGUAGCAGUAUAAAAAUAAGCCGAAGCAGAAGUUUAUCAGGUAAUUAUAUUAUUGACCCUGAUGGUAAAGGAGGCGUGGCACCUUUUAGUGUGUAUUGUGAUAUGAGUGACAAGGGCGGAGUUGGCGUGACAGUCAUAAGUCACGACAGCGAGAGUAGAACAUAUGUUGGUAACAUUCCUGGAUGCACGUUUUCUAAUCCUGGUUGUUACAGUAAAGAUGUGACUUACAAUGGAGUUAGCACCGCUCAGCUAGCAGCACUCACUCGAGUGUCACAGAACUGUGAACAAUUUAUCAAGUUUGAGUGCAACAGUCAUGUAGGCUUUGUACAGGAGUCGCUUGCCUGGUGGGUGUCACGUGAUGGAAGGAAAAUGAACUACUGGGGAGGCGCUGGUGGAUCAGCCAACACAUGCGCAUGCGGAGUAACAAACUCUUGCUCAAAUGGUAGAAAGUGUAAUUGUCGCGAUGGUAACAGUGGCUGGAAAGAGGACAGCGGUCUACUGACGGACAAAUCUGUUCUUCCUGUGUCACAAAUCAGACUAUCAGACUUUGAUAGCCCAGGUGAAGAAGGAUAUCAUACAUUAGGAAAGCUUAAGUGUUAUGGCCAGGCAUGA